GGGGACUAUAUCACUAGGGGAGGGCUCUAUAACAAGAGGGGAAAACAAAGAUGGCCGGACCUCCUCUUAUAUCUGUCAGUGGUGUCUAGUAUACGUUGUCCUAUCGAGUGACUUGCGUGUCCCCAUACGUGACAGCAGUGUUGUAUAGAUAAUACAGUGCAAGAAGUUCAUAUAAUCUUUUGCUAAACGUAUUUUGAGGAACUCUGUUGUCACAUAAUUCUGUGCGAGACCGGUACCCAACAUUGUGCCAUUCUUUGGGAUUUAAAUUGUGCGACCCUGAAAAGGUUGUACCUUUGAGGGAGCUGACUGCGGCAGUGCUCUGUGAUUGGUCAUCGGAGAAGUGCAACAGUAUUCGGUGCAGUUUGUAAGGGGCACUGUUGACUAUUUCGCAAUGGACGACCGUGAGGGUAACAGCUCAGUUGCCAUCCCCUCCUCUUCUGGGGGUGCUGUUUUGGAAGGUCCAGGCCCGGCUGGACAAGAGGAGCCGGGCCUCAGUGUCCGACUUGCGGCUCAGCAGGUGUUGAUGCAGGAGGCGGAUCCCGAUUCUCCACCGAAGAAACGGCGUCGGGUAGAAGUGGGUGAAGAAGCAGGUAGUGUGAAACUGGAAGAACGACUGUAUUCCGUGUUGUGCUGCACAGUGUGCUUGGAUCUGCCCAAAGCAUCGGUGUACCAGUGUACUAAUGGCCACUUGAUGUGUGCUGGCUGUUUCAUCCACCUACUUGCAGAUGCCAGAUUAAAAGAAGAACAGGCCACUUGCCCAAACUGUCGUUGUGAAAUCAGUAAAGGCCUGUGUUGCAGGAAUCUCGCUGUAGAAAAAGCAGUGAGUGAGCUGCCCUCAGAGUGUGGAUUCUGUUUGAAGCAGUUUCCGAGAUCUGUUCUGGAGAGGCAUCAAAAAGAGGAUUGCCAAGACAGGGUGUCACUAUGCAAAUACAAACGAAUUGGAUGUCCAUGGCAGGGUCCAUUUCAUGAACUGACGGUACAUGAGGCUGAGUGCAGCCACCCAUCUAAAACUGGAAAUGAGCUGAUGGAAAUACUUGAUGAAAUGGACCAAACCCACAAGAAGGAACUGCAGCUCUACAACAGUAUCUUCAACCUCCUUAGUUUUGAGAAGAUUGGAUACACAGAAGUGCAGUUCCGACCUUAUAGGACUGAUGAUUUUAUCACACGACUCUACUAUGAAACACCUCGAUUUACAGUUCUAAACCAAACUUGGGUUCUGAAGGCACGAGUUAAUGAUUCGGAACGCAACCCUAACCUUUCCUGCAAACGUACCCUCUCAUUUCAGCUUAUCUUGAAAAGCAAGAUCAACUCACCAAUGGAAUGUUCAUUUCUACUUCUCAAAGGACCUUACGAUGAUGUUAAGAUUCAUCCUGUUAUAUACCACUUUGUGUUCACAAAUGAUAGCAGCGAGACUGACUAUCUGUCUCUUCCCAUUAUAGACUCUGUAGAGUGUAACAAACUGCUUGCAGCAAAAAAUAUAAACUUGCGUCUCUUUAUAUUUCAAAUACAGAAGUAGAGGAGACUAGUGUACUUGAACAAAGAAAGCACCACUAAACCAGUUACCUCAUAAUGCAUCUUGUGACACUUGUCAUUUCAAAAUAAAAUUGUUAGCAUGUGUGUAUGCAACAAUACUGCUGAUAUAGCUCCUUUGUCUCUCUUCAGUGUGCAGCAGGUAAAACAGAAGUGAUACCACUGUGGCAAUUUAAAUUUAUUUUUCAACUUACCUGAAAUGUGUAUAGAGAAUUGUUAUAAUGUGAUUUAAAAGCAAGUCUUAAGACAGCUAGCAUGCAGCUUUCUAAGAACUGAAAAGUUAUUUUUGGUAAAGUAAGCAUGUAGUCCAUUGUUUGUGUUGGUCAUUUGCGUACUUAAAUGAAUUUUAAAACUUGCUGCCGGCGAGCUUUGUGAACACCUCACUUUUCAUUACACUGCCAACCUUUCUGCAAGCCCUACUUCGUGACACUGGCUCUGUCUGCUGUUUGGCUAUAUCCUAGUGACAUGAGGGAGAUGUAGAUGCUGGCUAAGUAUUGCUGCAGUGGAAGAAAUUUCUAAAAGUGUUGGACUAAUGUUUGAAAGUGUAGGCAGUCAAGUUUCGGAACGGGGGCACAUCUGCUGUUUUAGAAUGAUUGUGGAAAUAGAAGAUGCUCAUAUUUCUAAUGACAUGAAGGAAACAGUAUUAAAAAAAGUAAUGCUACAUAAGAGAAGGGAGUAUAAUAUGUUGAAGAGAGGCUCAUGGUUUUUGUUUGGCUGCUGUCUUAAGAUGAAGCAAAUUGUUCUAAUAUUUCCUUUCAUUUUCAUAACUCUUUCCUGACCAACAAUAGUAAGUGGCAUUUAAAGAACAGUGAAUUAGUUUGAGGGGGCAGUAUUUUGACAGUUACAAGUGUAGAGUUUUUUUUUAUUCUGCUGCUAGAAGUGUUUUAAUGUCAAGUUUCCGCAGUUGGCUAGACUAUUGUGUUUCUUGACAUUUUUUCAGGAUAUUACAUUAUGAUAAUGAAUAUUUUCAUAAUCUUAAUGUUAAUGUUGCAAGACAAGACUGAAAGAGAACACAAUUCUGCAGUGUACUUAUUCAAGUCUUAGAAUUCCAGGUUUCUGUUUGCAUAGAGAUCAAAAUAUGAAAGUGCAAAGGAAAAAAGUGCAUUUUGUAGUGGUUAACGUUUCAAAGACUGUGUUCAAGUAAUCAUAAGUUUAGAGCAUUGUUUUACUCUUCACAGUGGGUGAGUAGUUGUAGAAACUGAUACAGUUUUGAUUUCAAGUCUCUUGCCACACUACUUAAACAAAUGUUGGAUUUAUUCAGAGCACUAAAUGACACGAGAGAGAGAGAGAGAGCACCGGGAGAACAUUAAUUCCACUUUUAGUUUCAGUGAAUGAUUAUCAUGCAUUAUUCAGACCACUACCAUGUAUAUUUUAGGAAGCCUUGUCCAGGAGAGGUAAGAAUGUAGUAAACUAGCAUGUCUGUGUGGCUUAUCCUGAUGAGAAGUAUGGUGAUAAUUGUAAGUUUUAAUUAAGUAAUGCCAACCAAGUUCAACAUCUUAGCUUAGCCUUUCUAUUUUCAGUAGGUGAUUGUGCAGUGUGCCCUGUUCAAUUACAACAAGAAAAAUACUAUGUACAGUUUUUUGUUUUUCUCAUUUAUUUCCCAUUGACAGUUGACAAUCUACCACCCCCUACCUCAGCUGGUCCAUGUAUUCCUCAUGGGUGAGAAUCUACCACUGAAGCUAUCAUAUAGGCACCCUUCAGGGGAUUUUAUGAGUAGGUCCCUAACCUCACCAGCUGCAUGGGUGGGAAUAUGCAACCCACAUCCCCUUCCCAUAUGAAUGCACUCUCAAUGUGUACCCACUGUGAAGACUACAAGCCUACACUGACUUGUUAAGCCAAACGCUUUCCCUCAUGUCAUCUUUGUAUCAACUGCUCCCCCCAAGAGAAUGUGACAGCUCAUGCCCUGCUCUGACACUCCAUCCCCAAGGUUGGCAUGCUUAAUGUCCCACACCAUUUCAAACAGUUGCCAAGGGCCAGUAAUCAAACCCAGAUUGUCUGGAUUAGAGUUAGGGCUGUCUCUACACCAAAUAUUUAGUAAUACUGCUUUGUUUGCCAUUUUAUUGCAUGCAGUUUCUAUAGGUUUGCACUAGAACAGUGCAUUCUUUGUGAAGAAAUACUUAACCAGGAAUAGGACUUCUGAACAUGUUUCAGACAUUAGAUUGCUUAAUUUACCAAAGAAGUGUACUAUUUUUGCCAUUACUACUUUGCCCUCUAUUGUUCCUUUAUAUUACGUUAUCAUAUAGGAUUUGGUGCCCAUUGUAUUUAAAUUUGACACCCAUUAUAUUCCCCUCAUUGAUGUAUGAACAAGUACAGAAAUGCAGUUUCACUUUGAGAUUUGGAGGAGUUCUUGGGAUCCCAGAAGAAGCAGAAUUGGGAAGCAACACCAGAGAGAGAGAUUUUCUGCAGUGGAGUUCUGUGAAAAAAAAUCUUCAUAACAUAGUCCCUGUUGGUAGUGCCCCCCUGAGGGAGCCAUGAGUAAGACUUGGAACUACCUGCUUGCAUAGUGUGCUGGAGUGGCUUGCCUUGUUAGAUGCACAGAAUAUUGACUUUGUACAUUUUCCAUUAUGUGUGGUUUGUCUUUCACAUCUGAGUAGUGCCCUUUAAAUGCUUCAUUUCCUUUUCCUCUAGUGCUGUAGAUUUUAAGUUUUAUAAUUUAGCCACCUGAAGUUGACUGUUAGCGUCUGUACAACAGUAAUUUUUUUACUAGUUUAAUUUAUUUUAAACUGCAUCUUCGACUAAUGUAUUUCUGACUUUAAUAAAAGUUUGUAUGGUAGACCA